AUGGGUAUUAACCUGAAGUCUGGUAAGAUGAUUGUAGUCCCUACCAGCCCACGAGCUACCAGUGAUGAGUGGAAACUCGUUGCCCAACUCGUUGCGUCUGGCUGGGUCACUCACGGAGGUGUUUGUGAGGAGCCUGCAGAAGAACACCUUGAUCAAUGGGAGAGGCUGUAG